AUGAGGGGCGAGGAGUCGUCGGAUUCUGAGUCCGGGAGGAUGGAGGAGAGCUCGGUCCGGAGGAGUUUAGAGGGUCUGUGUCAGGAGCUGAACAUGGACGAGCAGACUGCGGCUGAAGCCAUGGACAACUUCAGCAACAUAUGGACCACAUACACGCUGGAGGUGGGCUAAAACACCACAAUAAUGUUAAACAUAUAACGUAUGAAACAUUUAGCCUAGAAGGUGCAAAUAUACCCUGAAAUAUCAGUUUAUAUCCUUAAAUAUGAAACAGCUCCACUAAAACUAAACUUCACAAACAUAAAUAGACCAUACACAAGCUGGUAGUGGGCUAAAACACCACAAUUAUAAGAUAUAUACCUUAAAGUAUUACAAAUAUAUCCCAAAGUAUUAAAGAUAUAAACUACACUUCACAAAUGAUAAGGGCCACACACACGCAGAAAAUGGACUUAAACACAUUUUUUUUGUUAAGUAUAGCCUUUACAAGUGAACAUAUCCAUAAAUAUAAAACAACUCCAUGUUUAAUUUGAUGCUAGCACCAUAUAUUAGAAUAAUUAGGAGACAGGAAUUGUUACCAUUAUAUUGCAUCACCCAUUAUCAAUAAACCUGACACACCUUGUAAUCUGGAAUUAACAUAAAAUCAUGUAGAAAUGGCCCCAAAUCAUUUAGCACCGUUUUCUUUAUCUAAUGAUAGAAACCUUUAGUUACCCUCCUGACAGAACAAUAACACAUAGAUAAUUAUAAUAAUCUGACAUGUAUUGAAAUUAGACAAGCUCAGACUGGAUAAUCACAGUCUGUCUGUUAGAUCAUUAGUAUCACUUGUUUCUGUCGUACAGCUGAAAUCAAUCAGAUCAGCAGGUUUUAUCCUGCAGCACUUCCCCUUUAACUGACAUGUUAUGGUAGGACAGUCUGUGUGUCUGCUCUUCAUCCAGACGGACAGGUAACAGCUGAAAACUGAUGACACGAUCAUCGUACUCAUCUUCACAGACAGUGGGGAUCAAAGUGAUUUUACAGCCUUCAUCAUUGUGACUCUGCUCCACUGUGACACAUGAGAGUUUCAGCAGCAGUUACAUGCUUGUUAUCUGACCUUAAAGUUCAGACGAGAUCAGACAUGAGCCGGACAGGCUUUUUGUAAUUAUGUAGUUACAAAAGGAAACACUAACAUGUUUCAAUUCAAGCUGUCUGACACUGAUAAACAUUUGACGUGACUGCUCUGAACUGGAUUUGAGAAAGAAAUUCUGAAAGCACCAUUGUGUUAUUUCCCUCACAGACAUACUUAUGUUUUCUGUGGCACUUUUGUGCAUAAGGUUUUGCAUUAUUUGAUAUUUUUACUGGAACAAGAUGAGUUAUGUUUAAAUGUGUUGCUUUCUUGCUGCAGGGAGAGGUGGUGCACUGGUUGGCAUGUUCUCUAUAUGCAGCCUGCAGGAAAGGAUCCACUCCCACGGUGGGGAAAGGGUUAAUGGAAGGAAACUGUGUCUCCCUCACCAGGAUCCUUCGCACCUCCAAACUCAGGUCAGUCCGCCUCAGCUCUGCAGAAAUCAUAACAAAGUGUGUGAAUAACUGUGUCAAGACUGAGAGCUCUUUGAGAGACUGAGACUUGUUGACAAGAACUAAAUGAAUAGAGCAGAUGUUUAUUGCCUUUUGCACAAAUACAGGAGAGUGCAGGUGCAUUCAUUCAUGUUUGUGCAAUGCUUCUAGAGUUAAUGCUGCAAAAUAGGAUGAAGAAAAAAAGGAAGAAGGGCAGUGUCUAAGAUAAAAUAAACUCUUUUUCUUUAUUUCUAGUGACAUGCUCUGUUUACCUUCACUUUCUUUUGUUAAAACACUAUAUUAAAAGUAGUCGUUAUGAUGUCGUUAGUUCUCUGUUUUGCCUCUCAGUCUGAUCCAGUUCUUCUCCAAGAUGAGGAAGUGGGCCGACAUGUCAAACCUCCCUCAGGAUUUCAGGCUGAGGAUGGACCGCCUUGAGCGAAACUUUGAAGUUUCCACUGUCAUUUUCCGAAAGUUUGAGCCAAUAUUCAUGGACAUGUUUCAAAACCCGCAAGCAGGAGAGCCACCGAGGCAGCCACGCAGCAGGAAACACAGGUAACACACAUAUUUAUGUACACAUUUAUAACCACAGUAAUCAAAGGUUUACAGUGUUUUUUUGUCCUGUUCAUGUGUUCAAGCUUAAGGGUCAGCAGAGGGGUUUAUGUUCUCCAAGCUCAGUCUAACAGUGUGUGUGCGUGUGUGUCUGUGUGUCUGUGUCUUCUGUAUAAUCCUCCAGACGACUGCCGUGUCAUAUCAGUGAUGUCUUUAAGUUCUGCUGGACUCUGUUCGUCUACACCAAAGGUACCAAGAACAAAUCUGCAGACAAAUGAACAUUUGCCUUUGGUGCUGUUAGGACACAAUUUGCUCCUCAAUAAGCAUGACAAUAUCAAGACGCAUUAAAAAAACAUAAAAAUACAAACAUAGGUUUCUAAAACUCUCCAAAGCUUAAAAAAUAAAGUCUUUAAAAUCACUGAAAUUUGAACAGACACGCAUGUUUUUUUCGAGACUUGAUACAUAGUUUUGUUCAUCAUUUCACCUGAAAAUGAAUUUUAGAUGAUGACUGUGAUGUGCAUUUUUCUUAAACACAAGUAUAUUUAUUCUGCUCACGUUAAUUACACAUAAACUAUUAAAUAACCUCUGAUUUCAUUUUUGCUGAUAAAUAAGAGCACAAAACAAAACUUGGGUUACACUGUGUUUACACGUCACAAAAUGCUGAGUGAAAACUCAGAUUUAGGUACAGAUAUUUGAAUCAACAAAACAAGUUUACAAAGAGAGCACAACUGAAUGAGUCGGUGUUAAAGGCUGCACAUAAGAUUGAAAGGACCAUGACAAAGGUCAGAGAUAACUUUAAAGAAAGAAUUUUAAAAAACUUAAUAAUUUAGUUUUAGUUUGUCCAUUUCUAUAAUUAUAUGACCCUACUCUGGAAGUUUCCAUACAAUAUUUCAACUUUGUCUUUUUUCCCUUUUAUCACCUCUUUAUUUAAUUUUAAUGACUUGUUUUAAAGACUUUCAAAUGUCAUCUUUUUUAAUUAAAAUGUAAUAAAAACAAAUUGUAGACAAAAAAAGUUAGAUUUGAAAAGAUUCUCUCUUUGAAGUCAAAGUCUUACUGUAGCAGCUGUAGGCAGGAUGCUGAUAUAAGAUGUGUGUAUUUAUUGUGUGUGUGUGUGUGUGUGUUAAGGUAACUUUCGUAUGAUCGGAGACGACCUGGUGAACUCGUACCACCUGCUGCUCUGCUGUCUGGACCUCGUGUUUGGAAACGCUCUGCUGUGUGCCAACAGGAAGGACCUAAUAAACUCUGCUUUCAGAGGUGUGUGUGUGAGUGUGUGAGGACACUUAUUCCUAGCUCUGUUUAUCAAUAUUUUUCUGCACUUAACUAUUUUGGACAUUUUGCAGACUGUCUUUACUUGCUCUAAACAGUAAAACAAAUCCGCUGCUGUAGAGGUGUGUGUACACUGGGAACAACGCUAAUAUUUGACCUGUGUUACGCCCACUUGUGUACACCUGAGCAGAUUGUAAUAAGUUGAGUUGAAAUGUUUGUAGCCAAAUCACACAAGAUGUGGCAGUGAGUCCUGUUGUCCUUUGCAAAUUAGUGUCCUACCUUUAUGCAGAUGUUUCAGAAUUUUUUCAGUCUGAACACUCCAUGGAGUCUGCACAGAUUACCUCAUGAAAAACAAUAAAAACUUUUUCAUUUUACACAUUUUCAACCCUUUGGGAAAAAAAAAAACAUGUUUCCUGCAGCCUCAGCAGUCCACAUGAUCUUUCGCAGUUCAUGCAGGGACUGUAUUUAAAAGUGAAUCUUUGCAUCAAGAGUACAUCGCACAAAAGUUUUGCAAUCUUCUGCACUCUGGCUGAUAUAGACACACCUUCAUGACAAGUCUGCAGUGUCACUGGACAAAGUGUCCUUGUGCAAAAUAUCCUCUUGCAUAUUUUUAUAUGGUUCUUAGUGUCAACGCCUGUAAAUUUGGAGUAGUUUUCUACACAUUUGCAGCUGCAUCCUAAAGACAGAGGAAUUUUUUCAUUCUUAAAAUCUAAAUCUGAUAAAGAGAGGGGAUAACAUGGUGGAAAGACUCACCUGGCAGCUCAAAAGUCUUGACUCCACCUCAGGUUCGGACAAAAGUGCUGAUAGGGUGUGUUUCCCUUUAAGCUGUUGAUAUUGAGCUGUUUAUAGUCUAAUGGCAGUCACCGGUAUGUACUUCUCUGUUUACCUGUAUCCUUUGGAGGCUACUACAUGUUGCUAGGUGUAUAACUGAGCGUAGAUAGUCCAUGAUUGUCCUUUUAGUUGUCAGGAGAUGUAGGGAUGUGUGUGAAUGUGCAGGAGCAGUGUUAAUCUCUGUGUGUCUGUGUGUUCAGGUCUUCCUGCCAUGUACCGUGCUGACAGCCAUGUUUCAGCAGACGAGCCUCCUCCCUGUGUGUUGGAGCGUCUGUGUGAGCUUCAUGAUGGGCUGGUGGUCGAAGCUAAAGGGAUCAAGCAGCACUACUUCAAACCGUACAUACAGAAACUGUUCCAGAGACGGGUACAAAGUCUCACACACAGUUUCAUCUCAGUUUUCUGUUUACAGUAUUUAAAUCUUUUUUUGAUCAUCAUUUGUUUUUCUUGUUAAGAUCCUGAAAGGCGAUGAAGACAAUCUGACUGAGCUGUUGGACCCUCAGAACUUCAUCGAUAACAAGUAAGGCUGACAAAGAGCAUUUUAUCUGAAUGCUUUAGGAUUUGUUUAACUGUGUGUGUGUUUGUGUGUGUGUGUGUGUGCGCAGUAAAGCGAUAAACAGGGAGUAUGAGGAGUACGUGUUGACGGUGGGAGACUUUGAUGAGCGGGUGUUUCUUGGAGCUGACGCAGAUGAGGAAAUCGGGACUCCGAGGAAGAUCGUUAAGGAAACCUCAGCCAGUCUGACCAACACUCACAGCACACUGCAGCAACAUGUGGAAAAGGCAAAAACACACUCUCACACACACACACACACACACACACGUGUAGUAAACCAGUUUAUCAUAUACAGAUCAUGGAGAAGAAAUCAGUUCGAGUAUUUUUUAUCAGAGGUUGAAUUUUACAGAUGCACAAAAACACACAUACACAGAAAAAACACACACUAUCUGACAAAAACAGGCCAAAUAAUCUAUCCCUUCUCCGCUCUCUUUCUCUUUCUUUCGCUCUCUCUCUCUCUCUCUGUUCAGUCCGGCUCGCUCGCCCCCUCCACACCCCUGACAGGUCGAGUUUACCUCAAAGAGAAGGACCUGCUCGUCACGCCAGUCUCUUCAGCAACUCAGAGUGUCAGUCGUCUGCAGAGCAUGGUGGCCGGGCUGAGGACGGCGCCCAGCGAGCACCUGAUGCAGAUCUUCAAGUCAGUGUCUCAUUGUCCUCUCUGCUUGUCUUUAUACUUGGUUAUCAUGUGCAGUAGGGCUGUUGGGAUAAACUUGUGCUGAAAGGAUGUUUUAUCGUGCUAUUGAUAUUUCCUUAAAGCUAUGGUCCAAGAUCUGAAAACCAGUUUGGCUGUGAGACAGAUUUGAACCCCCCCCCCAGCUCAUGUCACCUCCUAACAACACGCCCCCUCCGAUAGAGAAAGAAGCCGGCCGGCAGAAAAUAUCAGCAGUGGUACACAGUGGUAGCCAUUUCAAUAGGACUUGCGCGAUCAAAACCAUAUAUUAACUGGGCAAAGUGGGUCUGGCGUCGCCACUGCUAGCCGGUCAGAGCAGAGCCGAUUGUGGGUGAGGCUUAACCUUUCUCGGCGUGUCUUCACCAGCUCAGUUUACAAUGCUAAAGAUGCAUGGCUCACUUAUGCUAAAAUCUAUUGACAGAGCCUACCCGACCAACAGCGUUCAGUCAUCAGCCAGUAUAGGCACAGACUAACCAGAGUUAUUCAGCAGACAUCUCCCACUGUAGUAAACAAAGUAAUUAUCUGUUCAACAGAAAUUCGGCUGUCUCAGCAUCAGUUUUCAGUCCCAAAUCCUUCUGCAGCUUUUUCCACCGGUCUUACAUUUCGGCAAUGUAGACUCUCCGUUGGCACCUGUAUCGCUCAUAUUUCUUCCUUACUUCAGCCUUUUCCUCAAAACUUUUACGUUUCCUUCCCUUCAAUGUGGAGGGCAACAGAAGCAGCCUCCUGGUUUUGGUGUUUGUCUUCUCCGGCUACAUUACACUUCAGUAGCUGUGCAGCUUGCUAAUAGCAUGUACAUGAGGGGGGUAGUGGGGAGGAGGCAGGACCAUGGGCGGGACGGUGUGGAGCAGGGGAGGCAGGGGAUUGGAUGGACUUACGGACCACUCUGAACCGCCGGGGUACGGCAGCUCGGAUUGGUCGAUUAUUAUGCCUUUUUGCAGCGGAUAUACUGAAUGGAUUUUUUUCGUUCUUUCUGAUCUUUAUAUUGCAUAGAUCAGACCAUAGGACCAUAACGUCCUUCUAAAUGGUGUUAGAAUUAAGUACCAAGCUUCCAAAUGGUAGAUCAUAGCUUUAAAAAGCAUACAGGACUAGUAUGAGUUUAUUCUCGUUGUCCUUCAUGCUGGUCAUAAAACAGGGUAGUGAUGAUGAUAAAACAAGAAGCUGCUAGUGAGCUAGCUGCAGCAGCCUUCAAAGAGAUGAUUCAGCACUUUUAAAAACCAACAUUCAAAGAUUUUUGUGAAUCCAGUAACAACUUUAGAGCUUCUGCAUCCUCUGGUUUCUGAUCAUUUGAGCAUUUAUACUUUUUAUUUCUCCUUUCAGCCAUUUUCUUCCGCGUAUAUAAAUUAUGAUCUACCAGUAAAAGUGGCCGCGUCUGCUUUUAUUGCAGGUUGUGCUCCAGAGAUCCCACAGAGUCUAUCCUGAGCAGAGUGAAGACACUGGGACAAACAUUCAAAGAGCACUACACCAACGACUCAGAGGACAUGCCCGGCUCUCAUAUAGGUAUGACACAUGCUCUCUGGUUUUCUUUUGUUAUAUUUAAGUUUCUUUUGGAGUGUUUUUGUAUAAUUUGGCUACAAAUAUGUUGCUGAAUUUCACUCUUAUAAUAUUACUUCCAACUUUAAAAACUAACAACACUAAAAAAAGUGAUGUUUUCUCAGACUUUGCAGAGAACCGUCUGAAGCUGGCAGAAAUCCUGUACUACAAAAUCCUCGAGAAUGUGAUGGUUCAGGAGACCAAACGUCUGCACGGCAAAGACAUGAGUGUAAGAGAGUCGUAACAUGAAACAUGAUCAUCCAUGUUUUUAGAGGGGCUUCCGCAAAGUUUUUUUUACAUCCAGACAGAUUUUUAUGAAGCAGUGACUCAGAGAACUUAAUGUUUUGAUGCUUUUAUUCCCUGGACUUGAGGAUCAGCACAUCUUAAAAUUCAGUCAAAAAGUUUAGAGGGUCAACCUGAUAACUUCUGCUCAGUAUUCUGGGACAUUGUAUUGCUGUCAGAAGUGUGUAGGGCUGCAUGAUAAAUGAUUUUAAACUAUAAUCAGAUAAUUUGAUUAUGAUGAUGUUAAAAAAAUUAAAAUCAUCAAAUCAGUUUUCCUCUCUAUCAUGUCUCGUGCCUCCAGGCCACCGUAGGCUCCCCCUUCCUGUGGGAGCGCACCCCAGUUCCCACACACACCAGUCGGUAAUUUCAUGGUUAAAUAGUACAAGAGGAUGUCAGUCAUGUGGAAUUGGUACGGCUUUGCAGUCUCGGAUGAAGAGCAAACCACUCUCUGCUGCAAAGUCUGUCUGAAGGCGGUAUCAACUAGGGCUGCACGAUAUAUCGUUUAAGCAUCGUCAUCGCGAUGUACGUGUGUGCGAUAGUCACAUCGCAGAGCCUGCGAUGUCGGAGGCGAAUUAACUCAGUUAAUUUCAAGGGUAGCUGACUGAGAUACACUGCAUGUGACUCUGCAUGUGCUGUGCAGCGAUCCACCAAUCACCUUUGUCUUUUACUCAGUUGCCAAUCAGACUCAGUUCUCAGUUGCCAAUCAGACUACUCUGCCAGCUGUCAAUCAAAAUCACAGAGGAGGAAACCCACCCCUGCACAUGUUCUGCACAUGGCUGCUGGUGUUGAGCCGAGAAACACCUGUCCACUGAAAAUUACUUUCAAAACUUUACUCAUGACUGUUAAGCCCAACAAAUAAGCACUGCAUGGGUUUUAAAAUGUAUAUUUUUGUGGACCACUAUUAUGUGUGGUGCGCGUUUUGCAAGGUGCAUUCAAUUCUCGGAGGACGUGUUUCUCGGCACAACACCGGUAACAACAACAACGAUUGUUAAAUGAGCAACGAACAAGAGAAAACCACCAAAGAUGAAGAUUUGUUGCCAAAAAGAAAAGGAAAGUCAGUUUUCUGGAAUUAUUUCGGUUACAAGAUGGAUAAUGUCGACUAAAACACGUGUUCUAUGAUCAUCUGUCGCCACAAUAACGUCCCAGAACAAUAAAAGCUAAAAAUAUCUCUUGAGACAGACAGAAGCAAUUCUACUAACAUUCACAAAAAGAGGUAAGAUCAGUGCAGGUUAACUGUCCUCAAGAUUUCAGCAGUGCAGCAUAACAUUAAGUGCUAUUUAGGUCAUCUGGUGAAAAUUCCUGUAUUUUUUAGUAAUCGCAAUAUAUAUCGCAGGGUUGAAAACAAUUGCAAUGUUAGUUUUUUCCAAUAUCUUGCAGCCUUAGUAUCAACCCAUCCACACAGAAACAAAUUCAGGAGUAAAUGCAAAAGUUUUUUGUCCUAUCUGUGUUUCAUCCAAGGGGUUUCAGAUGACUGUAAACUGUACUUUUUGAAAAUGGGUCAGAGAGUGCAAAAAUCUGUAAAUGACUACCAUUUCAGCUCCGUGUGGAUGUCUAUCUGCAUCUCUGGAAAUGAUCUUUCAUGGCGCCUGGGCGUGACCGGCCAAAACAACCCUUAUAAAUGGAAAUCGAAAAUCAAGUUUUCAGAGAAAAAAAUCUGGAUUUUAUUUUUGGCCAAAAUCGUGCAGCCCUAGGAGUGUGGUAAAAAAACACAACUUCAAAAUAGCACCCUAUUAAUUCAAGCAAAAGUUUAGGUUUUGUGAAUUUGCUCUGCUGCAGAAACUCCAAUCUUGUCAAGUGUAAUCGUUUGAUCUCCAGUCUCUGUUUGUCAUUCACUUAAAAGAUAAAAGAAAAUAUUUCAGUUAAGUGCAAUAAAAAAGUAUAAAACAUGUUUUAUUUGUCUGUUUUUAUUCUGCUAACAUUAAGGAUAAACCUGUGUGUGUCUGUGUCUCUGUGUGUUUCUGUAGGUCUUGUUGGAGCAGGAUAUCUUCCACUGUUCUCUGAUGGCGUGCUGUCUGGAGGUCGUGUUGUUCUCCUACAGCUCUCAGAGAACUUUCCCCUGGAUCAUCAACAUCUUCAAACUCACUCCCUUCUACUUUUUUAAGGUAACACACUCACAUAAAAAAAAAAAACAUGACCACAGUAAACAGGGAGUCUGUCAGGUGACGUCCUCUUUUCGAUAUUCUUGGUUAAAUGUUCCAGCUGUGAGUGAUCUCAUUUCUGUGUGCAGGUAAUCGAGGUGUUUAUCCGCUCAGAGGAGGGUCUGUCCAGAGACAUGGUCAAACACCUGAACUCUAUAGAGGAGCAGGUGCUGGAGAGCCAAGCGUGGAGUGCAGACUCAGCCCUUUGGAGCGCCUUACAGGCUGCAGGGAACAAAGUCCCCACAGUGGAGGAGGUCAGUGGGAAACCUGGGAUUCUACAAAUCCUUGAUUUGAUUUAAUUUCCGAUUUUAGGGUCACGAUUUGAUUCUUGAUUCUUUUUCUUUUUCUUGCAGCCUAGAGGCCUAUGCCAUUUUUAGACUAGUCUAGUCUAUGGUCAUUGAUUUUAUUCAUUACAUUUUGUACAGUAAAUCUUAUUUCAAAAGAUGGGCAACAUACAAGUGAUGCAAUAUCCAUUAUUUUUGUGUAAUGUAUCACAUUAGGCACUUAUGGUCAAAUUUAAAUAAUUUAUUAAACAAUCUUGUUUUCAGUAAAUUGAAAACAACAAAAACAAACAUAAUAACAGGGCUGCAAGAUAUUGGAAAAAACGAACAUUAUAUUUUUUUCAACCCUGUGAUAUAUAUUGCGAUAUUAAAAAAAAAAAGGGAAUUUUCACCAGAUGACCUGAAUAGCACUUUAUCCUAUGCUGCUCUGCUGAAAUCUUGUGGACAGUUAACCUGCACUGAUCGUAACCUGCAUCUGCCUGUCUUAGAGACAUUUUUAGCUUGCUUUUAUUGUGCUGGGGCUUGUUAUCGCUCCUUGUGGCAACAGAUGAAGGGCACUGCAGACACACAACAGGUGUUUGGUUGACAUCAUCCAUCUUGUAACUGAAAUAAUUCCAGAUAACUGACGUUGCUUUUCUUUUUGGCAACAAGUCUUAUUUUUUGGUGGUUUUCUCAUGUUCCUUGCUCAUUUUGCAACCAUUGUUGUUGUUACCGGUGUUGUGCUGAGAAACACAUGUCCGCCAAGAAUUGCGUGCACCACUUAUAGUAGAAUGGUCCAUGGAAAUGUACAAUUUAAAACCCAUACAAUUCUUAUUUGUUGGGCUAAACAGUGAUGAGUAAUGUUCCAAAAGUAAUUCUUGGGGGGCAUGCAUUUCUCAGCACAACACCGGCAGCGCCAGUGACUCACUCCAUGUGCAGGGGCGUGGUUUCCUCCUCUCUGAUUUUGAUUGAUGGCCGGUAGGGGAGUCUGCUUGGCAUCUGAGUAAAGAACGAAUGAGAUUGGUGGAUCACUGCACAGCACAUGCAGAGUCACAUGUAGUUUAUUUCAGUCAGCUACCCUUGAAAUUAGAUGAGUUCAUUCACCUCCUACAUCGCAGGCUCUGCAGUGUGACUACUGCGCACACAUACAUCGUGAUGACUAGGGUCAAACGACAUAUCCUGCAGCCCUACAUAAUAACAACAAAAAUGAGUACUCACAGAGGCUUACAUCAGCUACAAUGUGGGGUGUGGUCAUUUGCUUCCACUUUGCACACCUUCCGGAUGUGGAGGGAGGGGAUCGUCAAUCCUCUCUUUGACCAUGCCGUAAUUUAGAUUGAUUUUGAUAAAAAAUCGAAACCGUGACACCCCUAAUCUUUAUCAUCACAUUUCUCACUUUCUCUUGUUUCUCUCUGCAGGUGAAUUUCACCUCCAGUUUGGACACAGGCUCAGGUUCUUCAGGUGGAGGUCCGACCCACCUCCCCCUGGUUGCUUUAUCCCCCAUCAUCCACCCUCGUAUCAGGGAGUUCAGAUCAGGCCUGGGCAGCGCUCGUAAAGGUGAGUAUUUACAUUUAUUUAUUGUUUUCAGGUUGAGUAUGGUCACCUGUAACACCUGUCUGCUCUCUGCAGAUGUCCCUCCCUCUCCACUCUCAGUCCAUGACAGGUAUAGCUCACCUGCAGCCGGCAGUGCUAAACGGCGUCUCUUUGGUGAUGACCCCCCAACUCAGACAUCAGGAGUGACCCCCAUCACAAGCCCGAUGUCUUCGCCAGCCAAAAGGUUAACAUUUGGAUCAGGCAGCACGCUGAGGAUCGGAGCUCAGGGCGGACAGACCACUGUCCUCAGUAUCCCGCUUCAGGGUAGAACAAAAACACUUGAGUAGAUUCUGAGUUCAUUUGCUGCUGAUUUAUUUCAAGUUAUAGAGAUUGAUCAAUGUCUCAUUCUGUAAACUCUGAUCUCAGUCGGUGCCAUAAAAUACGCACAGGCUUCAUUUUCACUUGUUUGGGUCUUCCUCUUUGCAGGUGUGAGUAACGAGCGCACCGUCACUCUAAUCCCGGUUCAGCCGUGUGACUCUUCGGCCCCCAUCACAGCACAGUUCCUGCUCACCGCCUCACCAAGCCGCCUCGCCUCCCCGAGCCGCAUCACCAUUGCUACCACGGCCUCUGACCCUCAGACAGCAAGCGGACGACCAAGACGCACUGGAUCCCUCGCUCUGUUCUUCAGAAAGGUCAGAUGUGAACGUGAAUGAUUUGCUUUCACAUUUUACACAUUUACGUUCAAAAGUUUGGAGCCUGAAACUCUGAAUAAAGAGAAAAAUCUUUGAAGAGAAUAUUUUUAGUUUCAGUAUAAUAAAUCAUACAGCAAGUCUUCUCUGCGUUCCUUCCUUUUUUCAUCAUUUCUUUAUUUUUCCUUCCUCUUUCCCUCCUUUCUUUUUCAUUCCCUUAUUCUAUCUCCUUCCUUCCUUUCUUCUUUGCUCGCUCCCCUUUCCCUUUCUUUCUCCUUUCCUCCCUAUUUCUGCCUAUUCUUCUUUUACCUUCAUUUUCUCAUUCCUGCCUUUUCCAUUCCUUCCUUCCUUCCUUCUUUUUAUCACCUUUUUCUUUCUUUCUUUCUGUCCUUCCUUCCUUCCUUACAUCCUCCAUCCUUUUUUCCUUUCCUUUCCUCUGUUCUUCCUUCCUUCUGGCCUCCCUCCCUUCCUUCCUUACAACCUCCCUCCUUCCUUCCUUCCAUCCAUCCUUUCUUCCCUCCUUUCUUUGAUCCAUCUUCCUUUCCCUUCUGUCCUCCAUUUUCCUAUCAUUUCCUCCUCAUAUCUCUACCUUUCCCCUUUCUUUCUUCAUUCCUCCCUAUUUCUUCCUUUACUUUUCUCUUUUCCUUCAUUCCUUAAAUCCAUUUUUGCUCUCUCCUUCUUUCUCUCCUUUCUCCCUCCUUCAAUUAUUCCUCCCUUCUUUUUUCCUUCCUUCCUCGUAUCCCUUGUACCUACCUACUCUCUUCUUUCUCUAUUUUUCCUACCUUCUGUCUGUUUUUUCCUUUCUUUAUUUCGAUCUUCCAUCCUUUAUUCAUUCUUCCUUUAAAAUAAGGUACUUCUCUAAAGUGUAAACAGAUACAGUUCUGUACACCAAACAGAUGUGUUUUCUGCUGUAUUCAGGCAGCGGCACCUUUUAGGUUCUGAUAUAAAAAGCUUCAAUGGUGGGGUCGUCAUGUGACACAGUGACUCUAACUUUAAAAGUUUUGCAGAGCACUUCAUAUUCUCCAAUGUUAACAGUCCCUGAGCAGUGAUAAUUCUUGAUUAAGGUUGCGUGUACAUAUAAAUAUUUCCCUUGUUUAUGUUUUGUGUUGUGUAAAUCUGAGAGCUCCAUCAGAUCCACGCUCACACUCAACAGAAGUUUUACCUGUGUGUCAUGCUGUGUGUGUCUGCAGGUAUAUCACCUGGCCAGUGUGCGUCUGAGGGAUCUGUGUUUGAAGCUGGACAUCUCGUCAGAGCUGAGAGGAAAGAUCUGGACGUGUUUCGAACAUGCUCUGGUCCACAGCACUGACCUGAUGAAGGACAGACACCUGGACCAGCUGCUGCUCUGCAGCGUCUACAUCAUAGCCAAAGUGAGUGAUUCAGAGAGUUUGCUCAUCACACCUUUGACCAUGAAGAGAAUUCUGAACUGAGGUUUUGAAGGAUGCAGCAUUUCCCGGGGGGGGGUUACUGCUGACAAAAAAGGCUGAAUUAUCUGUUUUUAUUCCAAACGCACUAUCUGUGAUUUCUUCAUUUCCUGUAGAUCACCAAAGAGACCCACAGCUUUCAUGACAUCAUGAAGUGUUACCGCAGCCAACCCCAGGCCCACAGCCAUGUGAGUCCAGCACACAUUACAGAGACAGAUAUGUGUGUAAAAUUAUGUAGAAUAAUCAAACAAUAAGCUGCAAGACGAAGAAAAUCAACUUAAAACAACUGAACUGACAUUGACACCAAAGUUUUAUGGCUGUUAGAAGGACGAAUUUUAUAGAAGCCCAUUUUAACCAGUUUUAAAAAGUUAGUUGGAGGAGGGACUUCCGUAAUAGAAAAAAAGAUCUUAAGUAUUAGCUCAUUUACAUAAGAGAAAAGGCAUAGUUACAUGAUUAAAGCUCAAGAUCAUAAAAUCGAAAUUCUAAAUUAUGUGAUUUUUUUUUUACGUGAUUAUGUGAUGUCUUCAUCACUAAUUCUGCCAGAGAUAAAACUUUCAGGUGAACAAUUUAGAUUUUUUAAUCUUAGUAUAAAUUUGAUCACAUAACUAUAAGAUUUUAUCAUAUUGUUUUGUCUUUUAAUCAAAUAAUUUUUGAACUGUUUGGAUUUUUGUUAUGACUUAUUUCUCAAACCUACAGCAUAUCAGCUCAUAUUUAACUUUUUAUUAAAGUUUCUUUUUCCUAAUCUUAAUUCAACUUUUUUCUCUGUUUUUUUAAAAUCUUUUUAUCUUAAUUUAGACCAUUAACCUAAUUUUAAAUUUUUUAUCUCAUAAUUUUGACUUCCUUCCCAAUAUUAAAAGUUUACUAUCUCAGAUUUGACGUUUUUAUUGAUAAUUUGGAGUAUUUUGUGAAAUAAUUUUAACUGUUAACUGUUUCAUAUUUGCAUUUUUAUUAAACAUUUUUAAAUUUUUAUCAUGAAACAUAAUCUUUGUCUGGUUUUAAUUGUGACAGACCUUCUAAUACUUACAGCCUGAACAUAAUUUAGACUUUUUUGUGCUGUGAUUAUUUGUCCAUCUCUUCUUAUCAUGACGUGAAAUUAAGAUUUUAUUUUUCAUUAAGGCCAAGUCUUCCUCUUCUUCUGUUUUAAUGGUUUAGAGUGGGUGUUCAUUCAGACUUUGAUAAAACGAAAGUGGAAGAAAAAUUCAGAUGGCUGACUUUAGACCCUAAAAAACUUCACAGAUAACUGUAAAAUCCACUUAAAAAUAAAUGAAAUUAAGACAGUCCAUUUUUUUAUCUGGUGAAAAGUUUGUUUCUGAAGAGGUAAAUGUUCCUGUUUGUCUUUGUGUUUGUGUGUAGGUGUAUCGCUGUGUGUUACUGCGUCGCACUCUGAGAGAGCAGGUAUCUGAUGAAAACAUGGAGGUGGAUCCUGUUUCUGGGGGAGAAUGUAAGAACACACACACACACAUGCUCAGGUUUCUGAACACUGUGGAGACCUGCAGGUCAUUUUUAACCUCGGCCAUAAUUUUAUCGUGUUUAUUUGAUAAUUCAUAUAAAACACCUGAUGCACGUGUUUCUUCAGCUGCAGAGAAAAACACUCAGGCAGCAGGAGAGGAGAGUUCUGACCACUCAGGAGAGGAGGAGCGUGGUGACCUCAUCCAGUUCUACAACAGUGUCUUCAUUCUGAAGAUGAAGAGCUUUGCGCUGAGAUAUGCCACACAUGAUAAUCGGGUAUGAAAAUCCCACAGUGUGACUAAAACACAUCUGAACUGCUAAUAAAAAUAAAUAUUUAAUCUGUGUUUUAUAUAUAUAUAUGUGUGUGUGUGUGUGUGUGUGUGAUGUUCCAGCAGGUCGACGCCCCUCCCCUUUCUCCGUUCCCGUCAGUUCGAACUCAGCCUCUCUCUCCUCGAAGGGUUUCUCAGAGACACUCACUCUACGUGUCUCCUCAUAAAAACUCUGCAGGCUGCCUCACGCCAAACUCCUACACCUACCGGAUCAACAGCAGCCCGUCUAAAGUAAACACACACACGCACGCAAACGCAUACAAACACCAAGUGAGGAUUUUUAAGAUGAACCUCAUCGUUUUCUCACCUCCCCUCUUUCUCUCUCUGCUUCCUCGUCAACCAAACAGGAGUUAUCAGACAUAAACCGGAUGAUCCGUCAGGGCUCCGUCAGCAGGAAGAGGGCGUUUACUAUGGAGGGCGACGUGAUGAUGCCAUCUGCCUGCAACUCUCCCAGCAAGAGGGCGUGUCCAGAGAAUGGCAGCAGUCCAGACGUGCUGCUGAAGCGUCUGCAGGAUGUCGUGUCAGAGCGACAGAGUCACUGA